AUGGUACUUUUGUACGAUUGUAUACAAGAAGAAACAUUAUUGUCUAAUAGUCCUUGCCAUAGACAAAUAGACCUAGACCUAGACCAAGACUUUUCUGGUUGCACAGCGAGCAGGACGCAGUUUUUAAACUUUUUACUAAAGUGGCUGACUGAUUGGAAGAAUGAAGCCGCCGAUAGGGAUGUCAAAAUCCGAUUUACUUAUGCUAAGGUCUGGACUCCAUUGAGUCGUUCUCUUGAGUCUUGCUUGAUGGAUGCUGUAGCUCUUAGAAGUAUUAAAAAGUAUCCCUUAACUUUGAAAUCUGGAUUGGAAUGCAAAAUUCUUGAAGGAUUUGGUGAUAAAAUAUGCAGUCAGAUAGAUGAGAAACUCAAUUCAGAGUUUGCAAAAUCAAGCUUUCAGUCAGUCGAAGAUUUUAUUAAAAGUUUUGACAAGCCAAAAGUUAAUAUGCACAACAGUAAUGGAAGAAACAUUUCCAAGCAGCCUAGCGCAUCAAAGAGAGGUGAUGAUCAAUGCAUUGCAAUUGGGCAGAACGAAUACAAUAAUCACACUAUCACUAACAUACGGGAUGCUGAUGAUGAUGGUGAUGGUUGUGAUAAUAAUGAUAAUAUUAUUUGUAUUGAUGACGAGGCUGAUGAUGAUAUUUAUUGCAAUGAAUCUGGGGAAAUGUCAAAAAAUCAUCAGUUCACUGGUUUAUUAGAGAAAGAACUAGAUAAUUGUGUGUCAGCAUUUAAAGAGUCAUCGUCAACAAAACCUCCAACACUUGCAUCAUUUAUAACUUCAUCUUGUUCAACAACAAUCCCGACGGCCACAACAACAAAUCCAUCAACAAGUUCUACUGUGCUAUCAACAUCUUCAGAUACAUUCAGGUUUAUGUAUGUAAUGGAUGAUGGGAAAGAGACUUGUAAGAAAGAUCAAGCUGUCAUAGAUAUUGAUGAUGGAACUUCAGUUGUGAAGUUCUUGAUAAAGUGCAAGUACACAGACCUCUUGCUCUCCGGAAAGGAAUACUCACUUGACUAUACGAGCAGCAACUGCAUUGAAAUACUAAAUAAUCCAAAACUCUACAGGAGUUGUGAUGACAUUGAAUACAUUUACGCCUACCUGAAUGAUGAACAUGCACCCGACUAUUCUAUUAACAAUUCUCAAUUGGUGCCUAUUUCAUCUACACCAACAACAUUAGCUGCAUCGUCAACAACAACAACAAUGCCAUCAUCGUUAACAUCAACCAGUUGUAACAACAAUAUGGACAGCUUGUUUCAAAGGCCUAUUGUAUCAGAUUGUACUUUCACAGCGACGACACUGACGGCAUCGACAUUCAGAAGAUCCAAACUCAAAUCUGCUCACUACCGUCCAACGUCACCAACAACAUCAUCGGCAACUGCAUCUAUGACGUCAUCAACGACAUUAACGCCAUCGGCAAAUUCAAACGAGAAUAAAAAGUUCAACAAGACGAAAUCUGAAAAUUUAGAUAGUAAGCAUAAAAAACUGAAACAUGACUUUUUAAAGUGCAAUGAAUUCAAUCAACCAAUGCAACAACGACAGCAACACGUCACACUAACGCCACUACAUCGACAACACUCUGCGACAUUAACAGACGACAUCAUCAACGACAACAUUAACAACAGCAACAAUGACAACAAAACCAACAUCCUGAUAUCUUCAUCUACAGCUGACGUCACAUUCUCUUCUGGUUCAUUUGAUGUGCUGCUCUGCGUUGAUUGCAGAGAGUCUAUGGGUCCAGCGUCACUGGCUGAUGAUGUGCUGAUGAAAGAACUGAUAAAGAACAACGUUCAACAUGAUGUGAGGCAACUUCAUCUUGGAGAUUUCCUGUGGGUGGCCAGGUGUCGCGAUAGUGGAAUGGAGCUGGUUUUGGAUUGGAUAGUUGAGAGGAAGAGGAUGGAUGACCUGGGUGGCAGCAUUAUUGAUGGAAGAUUCAGGGAGCAGAAAUUUCGUCUGUCGAAUUGCGGAUUGAAGCACGUCAUAUACUUGAUUGAGGAACAGGGCAAACAGCACAGCAGCCUUCCUGAAGCAACACUCAACCAGGCCAUCAUUAAUACGCAGGUAGUUGAUGAAUUUUUCGUGAAGAGGGUGAAGCACGCCAGAGAGUCAGCCACGUAUCUGACGCUGGUCACGAGAUAUCUACAAUCUCUAUACUCUACGAACAAACUUUAUGGCUUCAACCAGUUCUUUAAGGUCGAGCAGACUUGCACAUCACCAUCAGUAUUGUCGUCGUCAUCAUCAAUCUCUCCACCUAACUUUUUCCUCAUGACUUACAGUGCUUUCAGUGAACAGUCAAAAAAAUCCAAGUGCCUGACUGUUGGUAGAACAUUCCUGAAACAACUGACGCAAAUAAAUGGGUUAACUACUGAGAAAGCAAUAUCUGUUAUCAACAUGCAUCCAACGCCACUCAGUUUAUUCAAUGCCUACGACGCCUGCCCUGAUGAUGCAAGUCGUCUGGAGAUGUUAACAAACCUCAAAUGUGGACCUAGUAGAAGAAAUUUCGGCUCGUCUCUCAGCAGGAGUGUGGCUCUCAUGUUUUACUUGCAGCCACAUUUACAGAAUUAAUUGUACCUGUCGAUCUACAGUGUUUGCACUUUUUAGAAUCUAGAAAAUAAUAUUUUUAUAUUUGUUUUUCCAUUUGUUGAUCAUUUUUUAUUCAGUUUUAAAUACAAAUCACUGACUUUGAUAGUGUUCUUCUUGAUUAAAUCGGUUUUUAACGUCUCAGCUAUGUCACGAGAUUUUAGUAA